CGCUACAUUCGCAUCUUACGGCGCGUUCAGAACGUAAAGGAGGGAGAAUGGCCACGCGAUCUGCAUGGCGCAGCCGGGCCAAGCUUGCGGCAGCGGCCACUGCGAUUUUCACUGGCGGUGCGGCAGUCACCAUCGCCACUUCCGCAGAUCCAGCAACAGCUCUGAAGCUCUGCACCACCGUUCCCGUCCGCCUGGCUCGCGACACCAUAACUGCAGCCUCCAUCGCCUUUGAUUAUGAAUAUUCACUGUGGGGACUACCGGAAGGAAGUGUUGAGAGGUCUAAAGUCAAACAUGAGGUUCAUCUGAGGUCAGCACAUAAACUUCAGGAGCUAUGUUUCAAAAAUGGGGGAAUGUAUAUCAAGCUUGGUCAACAUAUUGGACAACUGGAAUAUUUGGUUCCUCAGGAGUAUGUCCAGACAAUGAGGGAGUCAAUGUUGAACAAAUGUCCAGUCUCUUCAUAUGAUCAAGUGUGUGAGGUUUUCAAGCAAGAGCUUGGAGAAACCCCAGAUAAAAUUUUUGAUGAAUUUGAUCCUGUUCCAAUAGCAAGCGCUUCCCUUGCUCAAGUUCAUUUUGCUCGGACAACUGAUGGCCAAAAAGUUGCUGUGAAGGUGCAGCACACUCACAUGACAGAUACUGCGGCUGCAGAUCAGGCUGGCGUGGAAUUGAUCGUGAACACCCUACAUUGGUUUUUCCCUUCGUUUGAUUACAGAUGGUUGGUUGCUGAAAUACGUGAAAGUUUACCUAAGGCAAGUAGCUUUAUGUGUGAUCAUCAGGAACUGGAUUUUUUGGUUGAGGCCAAGAAUGGUGAGAAGUGUUUGGACAAUUUUCAGAAGCUAUCCCCUCACAUUGCAGACUUUGUCUAUGCACCUAAGAUCCAUUGGAAUUUGAGUACUUCAAAGUUGUUAACGAUGGAAUUUAUGGAUGCUGCCCACAUAAAUGAUGUGAAGGCCAUUCAACGACUCGGAAUUCAACCUAAUGAAGUUGCAAAAUUAGUUAGUCAAGCUUUUGCAGAGAUGAUGUUCAAACAUGGGUUUGUGCACUGUGAUCCACAUGCUGCUAACUUGUUAGUUCGCCCUUUGCCUUCUGGUAAAAGGAGCAUUUUAGGUGAGGGCUUCUUUAUGGCAAGAAAACCGCAAUUGAUUCUCUUGGACCAUGGGCUGUAUAAGGAACUUGACUUGAAUACUAGAUUUAAUUAUGCUUCCCUUUGGAAGGCACUGAUAUUUGCUGAUGCUAAUUCAAUAAGGGAAAAUAGUGUUAAAUUGGGUGCUGGAGAGGAUCUAUAUGCUCUAUUUGCGGGAAUUCUUACUAUGAGGCCCUGGAAUAGGGUUGUUGACACAGCUGUUGAUCAUUUGGUCAUACAAGGCAAUGAUAGCGAGCGUUCAGAAUUACAGAUGUAUGCAUCUCAGUAUUUCCCUCAAAUCUCAGAACUUCUAAGGAGGCUACCACGUGUAAUUUUGUUGAUGCUAAAGACAAAUGAUUGUUUGCGAGCAGUGAAUAGUUCUUUGUUGCAGGGAUCUUCUCUGGAGACAUAUUUUAUUAUUGGAAAAAUUUCCUCUGAGGCAGUUGUUGAGGCAAAGAAGCUGCAAAGGAAAUCCUUAUUACGUUGGUUAGAUGUAUGGCUGGAGGAAAUCUUGCUGGAGGCACGACUUUUGGGAAUGCAGAUAGCGUUGUGGCUUUUACAACUCAGGAGAGCUUUGACUGGUUUAAGUUAGAAAUCACUAUAAACUGGUUUCAAGGACCGAGCAUUUUUACCUUUUUCUUUUUGUCUGGCCCUCAUUAUUUGUCUCCAUGCAUGACGCAAUGCGAUAGCCUGCAGUUGUUUUGGACAGUGGUCGAAACAUUAUUUUUUUCGUCUGUGAAAAGGGAACAAAUAAUACAUGUAUUUAUUCUUUUCCUUGAUCAUAUAAACAUUGUCAUAUAUCCUCUGGGGAGUUAAUUUCAUAAUUUAUCCCCGAGAGAACUAUAAGAAAUUUAUUGUAUUUUUGGAGUAAUAAAUGGAUCUGAUAUUCUGAUUA